AUGGAUUCCAAAUUAAAGAGAACAGAUAUAAAGGUUCAUUCACCGAUUGUAAAGGAGCUUGAUGAUCUUAGAGUUAGUGAUUUGAUUAUAAAGGAUGGAGGAAGGAAAAGGUGGAGCUUAGAGUUAUUAGGGAAAUAUUUCAAUGAGGAAGAUAAAGAUUUAAUCAUUACUAUUCCUUUAGAGAAUAAUUCAGUUGAUGAUCAACUUAUUUGGGGUUUCACUAAUGAUGGAUUGUAUACGGUCAAAUCAGGAUAUUGGGUAGCUAUGGAAUCAAGGAAUGAUGAAUGGAGAAGCAACUUUAUUGAUGAUGAUAUUUGGAAAAGAAUUUGGAAAUUAGAAGUUCCAGGGGUGGUUCGUAAUUUUGCUUGGAGGGGUAGUAGGGGUGUGAUUCCUACAAAGAAAGCAAUUAAGAGAAGAAUUGAUUUGGGUACUGAUUGUUGUGAGCUUUGUUCCAAUGAAGCAGAAGAUAUUCUUCACGUAGUUAGAGAUUGUGUCAGAAAAGCCACUUUGUGUAUUUGUUUUGCUUGGUGCCUUUGGGGUGCUAGAAAUGAUAGAAUUUGGAAUGAUACUUUAGUGAAUGUUCCGUUUCUUUUUUCACAGUUCAGUAGUGUGAAAGCUAAUUCUUGGAAUGCUCCAGAUCCAAACAAGUUGAAGUUUAAUGUAGAUGCAACAAGCUUUAACGAAACUAAUAUGUUUGGUUGGGGAGGUAUCCUCAGAAAUCAUUUGGGUGAAGUGCAAGCCACGAUAUCAAAUGUUCACAUAGGAGGUGGAGAUUCAAGCAUUUUGGAAGCAAAAGCUUUGGAACUUGCAAUGAGAUGGGCUAUUGAUAAUGGAGUAAAGUGUGUAUGUUUUGAGCUUGACACGCAGAGAGUUGUUCAAGCUAUAAAAAAAAUUCUAAAACUGGUAUUUCUGAGUUUGGGUUAUUAUUAA